AUGGGCCAAUCGCAGUCGCUCUCGCUGGUCGAGGCGUCGGAGCUGAUUCGCCAGCAGCUCUCUGCUGACGUGUUCGUCUCCCAUUUGCUCGCCGUGGAGCCGCACUCGUGGCGCCGCCCGCCCUUACCGCACAGCGGACUAAUAGUGUGCGAGGUAGAGGUGGAUGAGGGCGGAGUGCCUGUGGCUUCUUAUAAGGACUAUGUCCCCACUGAAAGACCUGGUCGCAGUCAGCAAUUCCUGCUGCAGCCAAUCACAUGCCAGAACGGGGCCAGCUGCCGGUUCUGCCGCUCCCAGGGCUUCUCUGCUGCAGGAGGAACGCUAGGAUCUCUCCCUCUCUCCUCCUCCCUCCCCUCCCUACAAACCUCCACCCAACCGGACCCUGCCACCGCCAAACCUAUCGCCUCCGAACCUGCCACCUCCGAACCUGAUGCCUCCGAACCUUCCUCUUCCAUUGCCAGCACCACCAAGGACAGUGCGGGAGUUAGAGGUUCGGUUGAGGAACAAAGUGGGGAUUCCUCUUCCUCCCCCAUAGACACUGACUCCCUCCCUCUCCUCUCCCUCCCUGAGUAUGUCUGUUCUCUGGGCUCGGACCCUUCUGUUCAAUUCGACCAUACAGCCCUCCCACCUGCCCUCCCACCUGCGACAUCUGGUAACCAGAAACAGCAGCAGCAGCAGCAGCAGGAGCAGCAGGAGCAGCAGCAACAGCAGCAGUGGACGAGCCUUGCAGGAGCAGCGAAUCGGUGCUUUGCGGUGAGGGCCAAUAAGAUGGCGCCACGUCUGCAGUACUGCCGAUGCCGCAGCCCCUGUAACGAGGGUGGGAGAUGCAACGGGGGAGGAGGAAGAAACGGAGUGAGUGGGAGCAGUAAUGGCAGAACUGCCAUACCUAGCAAGUUGCCAGACCAAUCUCCGAACCAGUUGCCGAACCAGAGCAGAAGGCCCGAAGCUUGCUGCGAUGUGGAGUGGGCCGUGGCUGUAGCUGCCAGGCUGGCACCCAAUCUGACGUGGACACAUGCCUCUGCCAGGUCACUAUCUGCUGUCGUGGCAUCUCUAUCUGUCCGGGAAGGGCUUGUAGCGGGUACCAGUGAUGUGACUGUAUCGAAUGGCAGCACGCCUAUUGAAAGUGUGACUAUAUUGAAGGCUGUGGAGCCUAUAGAGGCGGAAAAAGGGCCUCAGUUUAAUCACAGUGACUCUGACGGGGGGAGCUUUUCCUUUGGCACUAGUGGGGAGAGGGGAGAGGAGGGGAGGGAAGGAGAAGAGGGGAUGGAAGGAGUGAGGGGCGCAGAAGCAAGACGAGACAAACUCGCGGAUCAACUACCUGGGAAUGCACCUGAAAAAUCACCUGAGACUGAAGAGACUGGAGAGGAGGGAGGGGAGGUCAGGAUGGGGGGAGAGGUGGGUGGAGGUGGUGUGAUGGAGAAGAAUGGGAGGGCGGAGGGAGAGAGUAAGAGAGCGGCCAGUGAGGGAGAGAAGGUGGGUGAGGAAGCGAAAGUGAGUGAGGGAGAGGAGGUUGAGGAAGAGAAAGUGAGUGAGGGAGAGAAAGCGGGUGAGGGAGAGAAAGUGAGUGAGGGAGAGAAAGCGAGUGAGGGAGAGAAGGGAGAGAAGCCACAGAAGAGCUCGUCUUCAAAGCCUCCUCUUGCUCCCACUCCCUCCACACGAACAGCCACAGCCACUGCAGCAGCAGGAGCAGCAGCAGGGGCAGCAGCAGCUGAAGGUGCCAGUGACCUGGCUCCCAAAGCCCCCUCCCUUCGAAUCUGGGUGCCUGAGGAGGAGCAGCCGCAGGAGACGCAGCAGGAGCAGCAGAACUCGCAGCAGCAGCAGCAGCCACAUUUGCAGCAGCAGCAGGACCAGCAGCACGAGGAAAAGUCUGAUCUGCUACCCUUCCUAUCACCCUCCUCCUCCUCCCUUCCAUCCUCAUUCUUAGAACCCACCUCAUCCUCCUCCACCCUCCCCCAACUCACUCUGGACAACAUCUUUUGUCCUGUAGCGGCGCUCGUAUCCACUGCCGCCCAGUCUUCCAGCCAAUCAGGGACCACCCUCUUCUUCCUCUACCCCUCCGUCCCCUUCACUCUGGCUGGCGUGCUUCGGCACAGCCCCGAGGCGCUACGAGACGAGUUUGCCGCCCGGCUGGUCGCGUUUGGAUUCUUGCAGGGGGUGGCGGCGGCACAUGCCCUGGGGAUCUCCUGCGGGGCGGCAGUGCCGCCCAAUAUUGCGCUCUCGGCGAAUCUGUGGCCGCGGUUGAUGCUCGGUGGGGAUUUCUGGGGUGGGUUGGAUGGGGAGAAAGGGGGAAGAGGGGAGGGAUCAGGAGGGGUUGGUGAUGGUAAUAAGAAGAGAGGGGUUGGAAGACAGGAGAGAGGAGAAGAAGGGAGAGGAGGAAAAGGAGGAGAGGAAUGGAAAGGAGAGCAGACGGGGCAAGACGCGGAGGUGACUGCCACAGGAGACGAAGGCAAGCCGGAAGGCGGAGACACAGAAGACGAGCAGGAGGAGCGAUCAAGGAAGCUUCCUCCCCCGCAGCGUGCACUUGCCGCGAACCUUCCUUUCGGGGAUCUCCUGGGCAGGUGGAUGGCAUGGGAGAUCAGCAACCUGGAUUAUCUCCUGGAGCUCAACAGAAUAGCAGGGAGGAGGAGUGGGGACAGGGACUUUCACGCGGUUAUUCCGUGGGUGAUUGAUUUCACCGUGGCUCCGGUUGGUGUCACCGGGGGUGGUUCUUUCGAUCGUUCUGCCUCUGCUUCUGACGUCUCAGUGGUUGCUGUGGCUUCUGUGGCUCCCUCUGGGGCUCUCAAGGUUGAUACUGCUGCUCGUUUGCCAUCCACUGACCUGUCUGUCAGUGAUCCUAUGUCUGCUGAUAGAGCCAGCGAAAGCCUUCCUCCUCUUCCUCCUCCUGCUGCUGCUGCUGCCGCUGCUGCUGCUGCUGCUGCCGCUGCUGCUGCUGCCGCUACCAGUACUGCUAUCUCCUUCUCUUCUUCCUCCUCCUCCACAGCUGCACUCCGAGGCUGGCGGAACCUGCGCUUAACUAAGUGGCGGGCGGUAAAAGGCGACGAGCAGCUCGAUUUCACCUACUCCUCCUCCGAAGUCCCACACCACGUGGCAGAAGAGUGUGUGUCUGACGUGGCAGUAUGCAUGUACUCGGCUAGAAAACUACCUCUGUGGAUAUUAAGGAGGGUGGUGAGAACGGUCUUUGAGCCUAAAGAGUAUCCUAGUACGAUGGAGAGAAUGUAUAGGUGGACUCCUGAUGAGACGCUGCCCGAGUUUUUUUUCGACCCUGCCCUGUUUCGGUCGCAGCAUGAGGGGCUGCCCGACCUGGCGCCUCCUGAUUGGAUGGAUGAUUUUGCGGGCAGUUUGGAAGGAGCAGAGGUGGAUGGAGAGAGAGGAGGAGAGAGAGGAGGGGAGAGAGGAGAAAAGGGAGAAGGAGUCAAAUUUGAAAGAGAUCUUUCUGGGACUUCAGAACCUGCAGUCAUGAUGGACGGCGACGAUCUGAUCUUGCAAAUCAAAUCCGAUCGUGUCCACCGCUUCCUCGCCCUUCACCGGGCGGCGUUGGAGGGCGAUUUUGUCUCUUCUGAGCUGCACCACUGGAUCGACCUCACCUUUGGCUACUGCCUCGCUGGCGACGCGGCAUUGGCUGCCAAGAACGUGGUCCCGCCGCCGACCAAUGAGGAGGCGCCACGUGGGCAUGGGAGGUGCCAGCUGUUCGUGCAUCCUCACCCCCAGAGGGGCCCUAGACCAGCAGGGUUGAGUGGAGGGAGAGGAGGGGAUUGGGGAGGGUGGGAGAGAGGGGGAGGGAGAGGAGGAACGGGGUUGGGAGGAGGCGGAAGGCGCGAUCGAAGGGAAGGAGGGAGUAGCACUGCUUUGGACCAGCGAAACCCUGCUGGUUCCCCCGCUGCUGCUGCCGCCGUUGCUGCUGCCUCCCUGGUUUACCGGAGGGGGGGGAUUGGGUCUGCUAAUGCUGCUGCUGGUGUUGCUGCUGCUGGUGCCAUGGUUACAGCAAACAGACAUCAUAUGGGGCAGGAGGAGGAAGAAACGGACAAGCAAGGCCCAUCCUCAUCCUCGUCCUCUUCCUCAUCCUCCUGCUCCUGUUGGGCGGAAGAUAUUUUCGUGGCCGGCUGCGUGAUCGCGGAAAUUUUCCUCCGCCGCCCGCUUUUCGACCCGGACUCAGCACACGUCUUCGCCACGGUCGGCAGCCUGCCGCCCGCUUUCUACAACCUGCCGAGCUCCGUGCAACCGGUUAUCCGGGGGCUAGUAGACCGCAACCCCGCCCGCCGCCCGACCGCUGCUACAGUCCUCGCUUCGUCCUUUUUCAGUCCUGCCGUUCGGUCGGCCCACUCGUUCCUCGCUGCGCUGCACUCCCUCCCGUUCCCGAGCCAGCGGCUUGCGUUCACCGCGUCCCGAGCCAAGCAGGGAGGCUUGGGGACGAAGCUGCGGACGCACGCGAUCGGCCGGAGCAGCAGCAGCGGGCGGAACAGCCGGGAGCGAAUGGAGGGCUUGAGAGACCAGGAAGGGGGAGACGGGAGGGUGAUCCGCGAGGAGGAAGUGGCACUAUGGAUGGGUCCCAUGCAAUACGCCUCCCACAUUCACGACCUGUCUAUUGAUAUAGCUUCCAAGUUGGGAGAGAAGGCCUCGAGACGACACCUGGUGCCUAGGCUACAAGCAGCGCUAGCACACAUGAAGAUGACUUCCAAGUUGGGAGAGAAGGCUUUGAGACGUCACCUGGUGCCAAGGCUACAAGCAGCGCUAGCACACAUGAAGAUGAGUGAGGAGCAGCGACAGCAAGGGCAGCAGGGGGCAGGGGGGAGGAGAAGACGGUUGUUGGAUGUGGGAGGGGACGAGGAGAGGCGGGAGCUGCUGGCUGGUGUCCUCACAGGCGUAUACGACAUGUUUGCUAUGGACGAGGCCAACGAGUCAGGGCUUUCCCUUGACUCGACUAAUUCUGAGCCAGACCUUGGGUUUCCCACCGUUGAACCUUCUUCUGCUGCCUCUCCUGCUUCACUGGCAGCAGACGCACCUGUAUCACCAACAGCAGCAGCAGCGGCAGCAGCAGCAACAGCGGCAGCAGCAGCAGCAGCGAAGCUAUUCGCAAUUUACACUCGUCUGGGCAUGGUAGCAGCGGCUCUCACCCCCUCUUCUCUGCUCUUAGACGGAUUCGGUUGGUCCCUUCCCAUGCCAACACUUAACAGGUCACCCUCUCACUCCCGUACAGUCAGCGCCAGCUCAUCAGCGGAAGAUUCCCGCAUGCUUUCGUCUGCUGGCGCCUCUGCUGCUGGCGGUCUCCCCACCACCGCUGCUGCAACCACCAGCCUAUCCCGGCUCGCCACGUCAGCCGAAUCUUUGCUCGAGACGCACCCGGGCAGCCCAGAGGAAAGUUCCUCCCUGCCCGAACCGCCCGAGCCGUGGUUCUGGCUGCCCGAAAAACGUUUAGAUGCCCCUCCGGAUGAGGAGGGGUGGGACGUGGGGAGGAGGCUUGGGGGAGGAGGGGGCGGGGCAGGGGGGAGUUCACCGCCUUCGUCUCUAGCAGCACACCUCCAGCAGCAGCAGCAGCAGCAGCAGCGGGAGCAGCAGCAGCUGUACUCACACCACUCCUCCUCCACCCCUACCCUCUCCGCCGCUGCCGCUGCCGCUGCCGCCGCAGCAGGUGCAGCAGGAAACCCCCUCGCGUAUUUCUCCUCUUCCCCCCGCCUCGCCAUGCCUAUCGGCCAGCUUCCGGACCAGACCUCCUCUCUCGAUCCCGCUGCUACAUCCUCGAUCUUCUCCUCUUUCGCCGCCGCUACAGCCGGAGUGGCAAGCGGGAUCCCCGCCUCCCCUCGCAUGUCCUCCUCUCUCUUCUCCUACCAUCCCUUCUCCUCCCUCUCCUCCCUCUCAACCACUCCCAGAUCCCACCCCUCCCCACACUCCCUCUCCUCGUCCGCUCUCCCGGACCUCGCCGGGUCAGGCUCGGGAGACGGCUCGGCGGGAGGUUCGGGGAAGCCUGGGACGCCGAGGCAUGGGAGGGGGCGUAGCUUUAGCAGCCCCAUGACUGUGUGCCGAUACACCUCGCUGCUGUUCCUGGGGCCAGCAGGGGGGAACCGGCUCGUGGCCGGCACGUCAACAGGCUGCAUCCGGUGGGUUAUUCAUGUUUCUUGUGCUCUUCGUGUGCUGCAUGGGAGGGCGCGCAGCGUUAGCAGCCCCAUGACCGUGUGCCGAUACACCUCGCUGCUGUUCCUGGGGCCAGCAGGGGGGAACAGGCUCGUGGCCGGCACGUCCACAGGAUGCAUCCGGUGGGUGCCUAGUGUGUCUUGUGUUUCUCCUGUGUCUUGCGUGUCUUCUCUGCUCUUCCUGGGGCCAGCAGGGGGGAACAGGCUCGUGGCCGGCACGUCCACAGGAUGCAUCCGCCUCGUGGACAUGUGUGCGGGGCGCCUGCUCUCCCUCUGGCAGUGCGGUCUAUCAGAGCCCUUCUGUACUCCAGUCACUGCCCUCGCCUCUGCUGCCACCACCACCUCCUCCUCCCACCAAUCCCACCGCCGCUCCCCCUCCUCCUCCUCCCCCUCCUCCUCUUCCUCCUCUGCUAACACACGCUCUCCUGUCUCUACCAAAUGUGUUUCUGUGGGUUUCCACUCGGGACACCUGGCGUUCCUUGAUUGGACGACGGGGAUGGUGGUGGCACGGGUCAAGGCACACUCGGGGAGGGUUACAGGGCCUACUUCCGCUUUACCCACCCUUCCCUCCCUUCAACUCCUUGGCCAAUCCAGAGCUGCUGACAUGGCAGCAGUGGAGAGAGUGGUGGCUCACACGCAAGGCAUCACAGCAAUGGUUGCUCUCACGCCCACCAUGCUCACGCCUUCAUCUGGGGGAGGUACAUCUGGAGCAGGCGGAGGGCUGGGCGGCGUUGGCGCGGAUUUAAUGCCACCCAGCAUGACGCUGGGUCGGGUGGUGAUGACGGCAGCGGGGAGUCAUAUUGGCGUGACGAAUCUUAACUCCGACCUCAGGAAGCUUGCCGUCAACUUGAUUCCGUUCCCUCGUUUGCAUUUCUUCAUGGUUGGAUUCGCUCCUCUGACUUCUCGGGGUUCCCAGCAGUACAGGUCAUUGACGGUUCCUGAGCUCACUCAGCAGAUGUGGGAUGCGAAGAACAUGAUGUGCGCUGCAGAUCCACGCCAUGGUCGCUACUUGACUGCUUCAGCAGUGUUCAGGGGAAAAGUCAGCACGAAGGAGGUUGACGAACAGAUGCUGAAUAUUCAGAACAAGACCUCCUCGUACUUUGUGGAGUGGAUCCCCAACAACGUGAAGUCGAGUGUGUGCGACGUAGCUCCUACGGGACUCAAGAUGUCAUCCACGUUUAUUGGGAACUCCACCUCGAUCCAAGAAAUGUUCAAGAGGGUUGGUGAGCAGUUCACGGCCAUGUUCAGGAGGAAGGCCUUCUUGCAUUGGUACACAGGCGAAGGCAUGGAUGAGAUGGAGUUCACGGAAGCAGAGAGCAACAUGAACGACCUGGUUUCCGAGUACCAGCAGUAUCAGGAGGCGACGCUGGAUGAUACUCCUCUGGAUGAGGAAGAGCGUGAGUUUGAUGAUGCUUGA